AUGAAAGAAGUAUGGAAUUCAGGUAGCAUGAGUAGUUUGGACAAAAAGGACAGAAAUGGCACGACAUCAACACAGGAAGAGGAUCGAGCACCGAUUGAUAGGGUAAAUAAUCCAGAUAGCAUGAAUGGUGUUUUGAAAAAGGAAAGUAAUGGUAGUUUAAGUAGUAAAUCGACCACGGGUUCGUUGGCCGAAAAGGAGGAAAGUGGCAAGGUAUCAACACAGGAAGGGCCAGAGCCUGUUGAUCCGUUCCACCUUGCCUACUCGAUCAUUCUAUUGAAUGGUAUUGGUGUUCUUCUUCCAUGGAAUAUGUUUAUAACUAUUGCACCAAAUUACUAUGUUGAAUAUUGGUUCACGGUUGAUGGCAAUAAGACAUCAUAUGCAAAAAGUUUCAUGAGUGCCCUUGGAAUCUCAGCUCAAAUACCGAAUGCAGUUGUGGCAUUGGUCAAUGUUAUGCAAAUCAUAGGAGGAUUACUAAUGGUUCGGAUAGCUGGCUCACUCAUAAUCAAUUGUCUGAAUGUUGUUGCAAUCCUUGCACUGGUCAUAUUCCAAAAUCCGAGUGAAGAAGCAAUGAAUUGGUUCUACAUUGCGUCGCUGGUGAUUGUCAUGGUUAUGAAUGCAUCCAAUGGUCUCUACCAGAACUCCGUUUUUGGUUUAGCAGCUGAUUUUCCAGCCGCAUACAGUAAUGCUGUCGUAGUUGGUACCAAUGUUUGUGGGACAUUCAUUAGUGUACUCGCCUUAGUUACUACAGCAGCUUUGCCAAGCAAGUACAAAACGGUAGCGAUAAUAUAUUUCUCCAUUUCACUUGGAGUUCUUCUGCUGUGUGGCGUAUCGCUCAUUAUACUCAAUAGAAUGGAAUUUUACCGAUACUACCUCGAAAAAGGAAAUCGUGCCCGGGCAUCGCAGAAAUCUGGUCGGCCGACGUUGAGGGGAUUCUGGGAAACUUUUAAAGGAUGCUGGAUGCAACUUUUGAGCAUUGUGCUUGUGUUCUUUGUUACACUAUCCGUCUUUCCAACAGUUUUAGCUGGAACAACACCAAAUGGAAAAGGACAACCAUGGAAUAGUGCCGUAUCUAAGGAGCUUUAUCCUGGUCUUACAACAUUUUUGGCAUUCAACCUUAUGGCAGCUAUCGGGUCAACGACUGCGAGUUUUAUACAGUUUCCGGGUCCUCGCACACUGAUAUAUCCUGUCCUAGCCCGUCUUCUUUUCAUUCCAUACUUUAUGCUAUGUAACUACAACGUAGACGACCGCGUAAUGCCAGUUAUAUUCAAGAACGAAUGGUGGUUUAUCAUUGGCAAUAUCAUAAUGGCAUUUACUAGCGGCUACUUCAGUUCAUUAGGAAUGAUGUAUGCGCCAAGGGUAGUUGAAAGCAAACUUUCAAAAACGGCAGGAAUGGCAGCCGGAUUGUGUUUAGUGAUAGGUUUAAUGAUUGGUGUGGCGUUUACACCGGCAAUAACUGCGAUGGUAAACAAUAUCAGUUGAGAAACAGAAAAAGCUUUCAAAAGAAAACUUUGUUAUUUGUUAUUUAUUCAUAAUUUAUUAUGAGGUGCCCCCUUUGCAGCACAUAUCUUCAAGAUUUUCUUGAGAACACCAUACUGAAUCUAUGAUUCGUACACUUGAAAACUUGAAAAGAGUUGAAGAUUGAUAUGCUAUGUGAUGCGAUGUACAUUGUUUCUAUAUAAAGGAUAAAGGCAAUCACAACAGGCUUCCUUCAUUGCGCUGAAAAAAUUUUAUGAGCAAC